AAAUUGUUAUAACUUAUUAAUAUCAAUAACAAUAUGUCAUACAAUAAAAUUUAUACAAUAAUUGUAGUGUUUGUUGUAUUGGCUUUGAUGUGGCAGUCGGUGACCAUCAAUGCCGAUGAGGGGCUGAUUCGGGCAAAACGUGGUUUUGGAUGUCGGGGACCGUUUGGUAGCAAUCGGUAUGAAUGUAACCGUCACUGUAAAAGCAAUCGGUUUCGUGGCGGUUAUUGCGAUAGCGCUGGCUUUAGAUGCAAAUGUUAUGGUUAAAGGAUUUUAUUAUCAAAUGUUUUCCAACUAAAUAUGAAUAUAAUAUAUUAAUUAUGUGUUGCGAUAUAAUUUAGUUGACUUAAUAUUUAUAAACAUAAUUAUGAUAUAUCUGAAAUUUAAGUAAUUAAUUUUUAAAUAUUUUCUAAAUUAACACGUUUUUAAAUAUAUUUUUUAAAUUAGACACUAAAAAAUGUAAACAUAAUAAAUAAAAAU